ACUAACCAGGCAUCGAUCGAUCGGCUCCCGCUAGCUGCAAGAACGAGCCAUCAGCAUCCAUAGCUAAUUAGCCGCGCUAUUGAUAGCCAUCAAGUACAUAUAUACACUAGCUAGCAGAGAUCGAUCGAUCGAUUCAGACAUCCAUGGCCGAGAACCUCAAGCCCGUGGCCCUGCUGCUGCUGCUGCUCAACCUGUGCUUGUACACCAUCCUGGCCAUCAUCGGCGGGUGGGCGCUCAACCUCUCCAUCGAACGCGGCUUCGUCAUCGGCCCCGAGCUGCGGCUGCCGGCGCAUUUCCACCCCAUUUUCUUCCCCAUCGGCAAUUUCGCCACCGGCUUCUUAGUGCUCUUCUCCCUGAUCGCCGGCGUCGUGGGGAUCGCCUCCGCCAUGGUGGGCUUCAACCACCUCCGCUUCUGGAACUACCACAGCCUGCAGCCCGCGGCGGCGUUGGGACUCCUUGCGUGGGCGCUCACAGUCCUAGCCAUGGGACUAGCUUGCCAGGAGAUCUCAUUCGAGCGAAGAAACGCCAAGCUGGGCACCAUGGAGGCCUUCACGAUCGUCCUGACAGUGACGCAGUUCUUCUACGUCCUCGCCAUCAACGGGGGAAGUCACGGCCCUGUCCCGGUCGAACGCCACGGCAACUUGCCAUGACCACCGGCCGGCCGUUGACCAUCCAUGACGCGACACGUACGUACGUAUACGGAAGCAAGCGGCCUAGCGGAGGAACUUAAUUAAUAUCAUCCGAUAAAUCCAUCCAUGUGGUGCUUAAUUUGCCUGUUCCUUUUGGCUCUCAUCACUGAUACUACUACUACUACUGUACUAUAAGUCAGAUCAUUCGAUUCUUUGAGUGAAAUCGAUCAUUCAUUUGGAAAUCAGUUUGGUUUGGUUUAAUCUGAUGAGCAUGCAUGGCUUUGAUUA